AUGGAGUUCAGAGAAUGGAACCUUCUUUCAUUUCUGAACAACCCUAUUCAGCCAAGUCUGAGUUUUGGCUCAGAAACCUUGAGUAUUAACCCUAGCUUCAUUAUCCUGUGUGGUUUGGGGUUCAUCCUUCUGUCCCUAUACUACCUGGUGGGGAUGCUAUCUGCACCAACCAGAGGGAAAGUGCAAUACAGCAACAAGCAUCAAGGGGGAGCCCAGCGGAGAAGGCAAGGUGGCUCACUGAAGGCUUGCAGUUAUUACCUGACAGAAGAGGAGGAGGAACAGCAGCUGAUUGCUCUUCUAAAAAGCUUUGUACUUCCUGUCUCCUGCAGCCACCGGGGCCAGAAUUACAAUUAUACCUGCUUUCGUCAACUGUUAUGUCCAGACCCCUUCUGUGAGGUGUGUAAUACCACAACAGUUGAGGUCAAUCGGCUGCUGUGCCCAGAAGUCCUGGAAGGUACUAUUCCCUCUGUGACCCCUUUGGCUUCCACAGCUCCUGUGACUGAGUCAUCACCCAAGAACUCAUCUCCAGGUAGCCCUGGUGGGUUGUUCACGUUUGACCCAAGAAUCAGAGACAUUGACCAUUCAAGCUUGUCAACUUCAGACUGUUCUUGGGGGCAAGCUCAUGCCAAAGACUUGUCACAGUGUGAUUUCAAUCAAGAGUUUCUUGCCCUCCACUCUUCAGAGAACUCUUUCAGGGGAGACCCUGCAGCCAUCCCUACAGAGUCUGGUAACCUUUCAUCUCUCAGCCAUGAUUGCCUGGCACUUCUGGAGACACAAGUCCAAAAGAGGAGUGAUUUCCUGUGAUUGAAGGAAAAGGAAAAGAAAGAGGGUUCUUUUCCAAAACAACUUAGGCCAGAGUACCAACUAAAUUCCCCUGGGAAAAUGAUAUACCCUCCCUAUGCCUCCCCCAAGAUUAUACAUUGCUUUCCAUCCCUUCCUUUUUGGAACAGCAAAGGCAAACCAAAGGAGCUGCAUGUGCAUGAGCAGCCCCCAUAUCUUAAGACCUUGGGGAGCCAAUUAAAGCAAGAAGGUAUCCAGCUCUUAGGGUCCCCAUCUCUACACAGUGAGUCCUUGUCCUCUGCUGCCCAUGGCUUGGGUGACUAUUCCAUAGUCUUUAUAUUCAAUGCAAUCUUGAAUGCUUCUGCAGGUCAAGAAUCCCCAGAGCUUCCUCAUCUCAUACCUCUGUCCUUGCCUGAGAAGCACCCUCAGCCCCAGCUCCAAGUGCUGCCACAAGCUCAGCCCCCACCUGUCUCUCAUGGCCAGACCCAGGCUCAUCUUCCAUCUCAACCCAGAAUCCCACCAUCUGGUCCUCUAUCCCAGACGAGGAUCUGUGGAGUGUGUUUCCAUGGACCCCAGAAUGAUUUAGACUCUCUCAGCUCAUCUGAAAUUCAAGACCUGGAAUGGAAUGUGUUUCAGAAGCAACAAGAAUGUUUGUGGGGUUUACCUGCUGUGGUCCAAAGAUCUCAGGUGAAAUUUUGUCCUCUGGCUCGUUCCUUUUCCAACUGCAAGGCCUCCCAGCCCCAUGCUUCAAUCUCUAUCCUUCCUGGAGCAUUUCCUCUUAGUGAUGAGAUUCGGAAGAAACUAGAACAGCACCUUCAAAAGAGGCUCAUUAAACACUCGUGGGGCCUGCCCCACAGGGUCCUAGAAUCUCUAUCACCGAUGAUGUCACCGAGUGAUUCUUCAGAGAUAUCUGGGUCAAAGAGAAAUCAUGGACUCUUACAGAGAAAUGUGCUUAAUGAUAAGAGUAGCAAGAAUCUUAAUGUUGGAUUGAGCCAACCUGGUAGCUUCCAAAAGUGGCCCUCAGAAAUAUUUCAGCUAGAGAAGGAUGUGGGGAAAGGUCAGGGACAGAGCCCAGAGAGUGGCUGAAAAGAUCUUCUGUUGUGUGAACCAGAGGGCUUUUCAUAUGAGGACGUGGAAUAUGAUUCUGAGGAAGAACUAGACAGUCACAUGGUGAGUCUGUCAGGGGGGUUAGGGGAAUAUGAAGGCUGGAGAGAACUUGUGAACAUCCUAAGAGUACAUCUGAGCAAGAAGUCUGAGGAAAUCAGUGAGGGUCAGCUCCCUGGGGCUGUGCAGAAUUCAUGGGAAUGUAUGAAGCAGACACUGCUUCCUGAGGAAUCCCACAUCCAAUCAAAACAGAGUAGUUUGCCACCAUCAGUGGAUGAAGACUACAAAUGGAAUACCUUCCAGGAACUUUCCUUCAUUGAUUCCAGUGUAAAGCAGGUACUGGAAGCUCAUAUUAAAAAGUUUCAUAUGAGGAUGGUGUGCGGACUUCUCCCGAAGGUCAUUGAAUCCAUAGAAAUUUUUAAAUUGAAAAAUGUCUCAUCCUACUCCUUAUCCUAUUCCAACUAUCCUUGCUCAGCCAACUUGGUGUCUGGGGCAAACUCCAAAUCUGAGAGGCUGCAAAUCAAGCCCCGUAGAGGGUGCUCUACUCCUGAUGGAGACAGAGUGGGGACAGUAAGUUCAGCCCCUGUACUGCAGCAUCCUCUCCCUGCUACCUCACUUGUGGCCAAAGAAGGACAAGAGAUGCUGAGACAAUCACCCCCUAAUAUUAACCAUGAGAUUGCCAAGGAUAUUCAGGGAAUCAAGGAGGCCAAAGGACAACCCACUCACAUGUCCCUUGCCUCAGACAGUUUGAUGUCUAAGGCCUCACUGACUCAUGCUCAGGGUAUUUCCAGUGGGGACAUGGGACCUUUCCAGGAGCUACAUGUCCAUGUGGAGGACAGAGGCAGCAGCAUGGAGCAUCAGCAAGAGCCUCGUGUCCCUGAGCGUAUCUUAAGGAAGUGCCUGGGUGAGAAUUUCCCUCCAGCUGCCUUUAGCGGAAUGACUGAAGCUCAGAAAAUCAUGACAGACACUGGGAAGUUCUUAGAGAACAAAAUGGGGCAUCAGCAAGCAAUAGGUAGCACCCACCCUGAAAAGCCCCAUCAGCCCCAAGUGAAAUUUGUGAAAAUUCAGCAGAAGGCAGAAGGGCAGGCCCAGCAGAUCCCACUCGGGGGCAGUCUUUCAACCACAAGGCUCCUUCUGUCAAUUCAGGCUCUACCUCCUUGA